AUGUCUUCCUUGUGUAAGCUAACAAUUGCAGAUCUGAGGCUUGAAUUGGAAGGAACUAACCUGGAUUCUACUGGAAAAAAUGCUGAUUUAUUCGAACGUCUGAAGGACACCCUAAAAGAAGAGGGUCAUGAUCUAGAAACCUACGUGUUUGAGGACAAGCAUGCUGCUUUGAUUUCGUCAAUUUCGAAAGUUUCUGGUGAAAUCUCCCAAGUUUCAACGGAUAUUAUGUCGUUAGAGAACAAAGUUUGUGGUGAAAUCUCCCAAGUUUCUGGCGAGAUUUCGAAAGUUUCCUCGGAUGAUGUUUCGAAAGUUUCGGCGAAUAUAACAUCAUUAGAACAUAGAGUUUCUAGUGAGAUUUUGAAAGUUUCGGGCGAUAUUUCAUCCCUUGAAAGCAAGAUGACUAACGAGAUCUCUUAA